CCCUGCACGCACUCAGAGUUCACACUGCCUGCGACUCCUGACACGUUCCAGGACUCAUCAUCGACUGUGCUUUGGAUUCUGCUCACUGGAAACAUGAUUGCUGUGACUGUCAUCACCUUGUUGUGUUUCUGCUCGCUCCAUCCUAUUUUUGGACAGGACUGCCCCAGUAGACAGGAAAUACAGGGCUCUCUGAAGCAGGUCCAGAAGCUUCUCUCAGCCCAUGAAGCCUCGUACUUACAGAGUCUUCGCAACCUGAAGAAGAAAAUAAACCUGUUGCAGAGCAGUGCUGGGAAACAGACCACAAGAGCCAUCAACAGUACCUGCCCAAAACUGGACGCUCCCAUGAAUGGAAGGAAACUGGGCAAGUCGCACAGCGUGGGCCAUGAGGUGCACAUUCUGUGUGACCCUGGAUAUGAACUGGUGGGAUCAGAGAGCAGGGUUUGUCAGGAGAGCCUGACCUGGAGCGGCCAGCAGCCUACCUGCCGAGACAUCAAUGAGUGUGCAUGCUCGCCUUGCAUGAACGGCGGGACAUGUGUGGACGAAGUGAACCAGUUCUCUUGUGUCUGUGCCAAAGGCUGGGCUGGAGCUACCUGUCAGAGCCCCGUGCCAACAUUUUUUGUCACCAUGACAAACACUUCUGCUGCCACCUCCCCAGCCACCGCCGCUGCUUCCACGCUGCCGGCUGCCACCACUGGGCCCUUUGUUCGUCCAUCACGUUGCACCAUAAUGCAGGGGACCACCCACUGCACCUGUGAGCCCGGAUACACCAUCUCUGGCAGGGACAGCAACACCUGCACUGAUAUUGAUGAAUGUGAGCUGUUCCAUAAUGGCCAGGCUGGGAGACUGUGUUUACAUACAUGUGUUAACACCCCUGGAGGCUACCGCUGCUCCUGCCCUGCCGGAUACAACGUGACCCGCGAUGGACGCAGCUGCAAAGACAUUGAUGAGUGUGCCACCAGACAGAACAACUGCACAAAGGACCAGAUGUGCAUUAAUACGUACGGUGGUUUCCAGUGCGUCCGUGUGGACUGCCCCAAAAUCCCAAAUGCUACAUAUGUAAAGACGUCGUCUAUGCGUUGUGAACGUAACCCGUGUCCUGUGGAAAACAAGGCGUGUUCUCAGACCCCAAACUCCUUCUCCUACCAUUACCUGGCUGUCGUGUCCAACCUGUCAGCUCCUCGCGUCAUGUUCAGGGUCUCAGCAUUACGUCCAAUGGGUGACACGCUUCGCUUCUCCCUGCUGGGGGGGAAGCAAGCCCGACGCCACUUCACAGUGCAGCGUUCAGACCGUGUGACAGGUCAGCUGAUGCUGGUAACCCCCGUUCAGGGCCCUGCCACACUGGAGGCGGAAGUGGAGAUGACCGAGCUGGAGAGGCGAGUCCAGCUGGGGAGGUACAUCACCAAAAUCACCAUGUUUGUUUCUCCAUAUGAUUUCUAGAAAGAGAGGGAUGAAAGUGGAAACACACGUAGAGCAAAAAGGCCAAACAAAUGUCUGCUUUGAAUUUCGCUAAGGACUUGAUAUUUGGUCAUGGAUAUGUGAUAAUCUGAUGUAUCUUGGUGGCCAUCUUUAACCCUCUGAACCUCAACAAGCAGUUGUUGUUUUUACAUUUAGCUCUAUGGAAUCAGCAGAAUCAUGACUAGAAGUUUGAAAAACUCAAAAAUGUAUUUUAUGCAGAAUUAAACAGUUAUAAUGACAUACAUCAUUAAAAGAAGAAAGAGAAAACGCAAAAAACGCAAGUUGAAUUUCUCUGAGAAAUUAUUUUCAAAAAAUUGGAAUAAAAUGGAAUUUAUAAAUGGAUUAUAUUAUAUAUUUUAUAUAUGGGUUAUAUAUACAACACCUUCCCAAGUGCCCAGUGUCAAGAAUAUUGGGGGGGAAAUUGGGUCUCCACAUGCUAUACACAUUAAACUACUUGCAUUUUUACAACCUCUACUUACAGCCUCUCCUGUCCUCUCCUCUCUGCUCUGUGUAAAAUAUUUAUAUAAAUAUUUGUCACGUGACUGUUCGUCUCAGCAGAAUCAAUCAUGGCUUCACAGUGUCGCUGAGGAGCAGAAUUUAAUGUUUUUAACAGGAUCUAGUUAUUCCAAACUAUGUUUUUAAUGAGACAAACUUCAUUUUGGUCACUUGUUCUAACAGAAACUUUCGUUCUAUGAUCAUUUCAAGGACCGUCAGAAGGUUCAAAUUUCAAAGAAUUCAGAGUGUUAAAGUGUGCUAUUGCUGCAGCCAGGUCUCAAACCGUCAACAUGAUCCAGCAUAUUGACAGUCAAGUGAUGGAUGGA